AUUGAGUUAAAUGUGGUGAGUCCAUUCCUUCUGAGCAGCCAAGAUCCAAGAAGGGAGUACCUGUGGAGCUGUAGGAGGCACGGGUUGUUGAUGUCUAGACUGGCAGGCUCAGAGCAGGAGCAGCUUCAGAGAGCCUUCAGCAGGUGGCUGUGUGUCUGUGACCUCGUGGGAUGAAAAGAGCACUUACCAGGAACUCUGUCUUUUCCUCCCUUCUCCCUCUCCCUCAGGUGGUCUUUGCUUUGAAUCAGACUCUCUUGCAGCAGGAGAGCCUCCGAGCAGGCAGUUUCCAGAUUCCCUAUACGACAGAAGACCUUAUCAAGCAUUACAACUGUGGGGACCUCAGCUCCAUCAUCUUCAACCAUGACACUUCUCAAGUCCCAAAUUUCAUUAAUGCUUCACUUCCAGCCCAUGAACGCAUUACUGCCCAAGAAAUAGACAGCUACUUCCGCCAGGAGCUCAUCUACAAACGAAAUGAGCGAAUGGGCAGGAGGGUGAAGGACCUACUGGAAGAGCACCCAGACAAGAGUUUCUUCUUUGCAUUUGGAGCUGGUCACUUCAUGGGCAACAACACAGUGAUUGAUGUUUUGAGGAGAGAAGGGUACGAGGUAGAACACACUCCAGCUGGACAAGCCAUCAACAAUGCUACUGAUCCUCCUCCCCGGAUCCGCAUCAUCAAUGGCUACAUCACAGUUGAGCCCCAGCCCCGGGGCCAUGGACAGUCCAGUUGUACUCAUGCAGACACCAGCAGUGCUCACCAGCUCUCCCAUUCUCUCUUCCUUCCCCUGCUGACUUUGACUUUGCAUAAGAUAAUGCAUCAUUGAAACACAGGAAGACCCAAGCUGCAAGACUCUUGUCUUAAAAAUAAAAAAAAGAAACUUACGCAAAUAAAAGAAAUAGAAGACUAUGAGUGGGACACCUAUUCUUUGGGGUGUUCUUAAACUGCCUCCUUUUCCUGAGU